GCGGUGGAGUUGGGCAUGUUUGCAGAAUUUUUUAUCAAAAAAUAUAAAGUGUUUUGAUUUCAGCACCAUUACGAAUAUCGUUUUCAGCUUUCGACAUUCCCUAAAAAUGUCUAGUGUUUCGAAACGCAAGAAAGAAGGCUAUCGUGGAAAAUUUAAGACAAUGGGAGAUCACAAGGAGUUUCUGAAACGAAUAACUAAGACAUUGUAUUAUGGACAACUGCCAACUCUGCCGUGCUUGAGCCUCCCCGUCACAGAGAUAGCCUGUGAGGUGUGGUCGUCGGCGCAGCGCGGGCGUUCACUGCGGCGGCUACGCACAGACGCGGCCGCGGCGACGGCGCGCGCGGCCUGCGUGUCACCGUGCGCGCUCGUGCUGGCUCUACUGUAUGUGGAGCGGCUGCAGCGCUGCAACCCCGACUACCUCGCAGCCUCUGACCCUGAUCAACUCUUUCUUGUCUCCUUGAUGGUUAGCAACAAGUUUUUGCAAGAUGAUGGUGAAGAUGAUGAAGUUAUAUGCUCGGAGUGGGCUACUUCAGGGGGCCUAACACUGAGCCAACUAAAAAAACUUGAACUAGAAUUCCUGAAUGCUAUUGAUUGGAAUGUGUAUGUGAGUGCUCGAUCGUUUUCGGCGGGGCUGGCGCGGCUGGAACGACGUGUGGCACUGCGGCAGGGGCGCGCACGCGGCUGGUUUACAUACGGCGACCUCACUGCGGCCGCGCCCGCAGCGCUGCCCGCCGCAGCUCUCGCCUCUCUCGCCGCUGCCGCCGCCCUACUCGCCUCCGCGCUGCUCGUCGCCCACUCCUCGUCCCUCGCACCGACCCAGCCCGCCACGCCUCGUCAAACAACCACUCUGCAUGCAGAUGUAGCGCCGCCCGCUUCGAACGCCACCACCGACGAUCGCACCGAACCGCUCGCGAAGAGACUAGCGGAUGAGACGCGCUGCUGCCCGGCGUGGCUGCAGUACGAUCGGCAGGAAACCGCGCUGCCGUGGUUGCGACAUGUGCCUCUGCCGGAGCCCGAGACGUCUGGCGGCGCGGCGGAAUGGCUUUACCGCAGCGCGUUGCUGAAUCCGUUGCUGCGCUGGUUGGAACAAAUGUCGCGUUACUCGGAACUGCUUCUGCCGCGAGUCGCUAACCACUCGACAAAUCGCUGCGCCGCCCCGUAUGACCGUUGCCCUCAUAGCUGGCUAAACUUUAGUCGGUUGAGUCUAUACACGGCUACCGUGUCGGAGCGGUAGACUCUGCGCUUUUGUUAAGUCUAUUGCAACGACCUCUAGAUUGCUCAAAUAUUGGAAAUUGACAUGCUAUGUGUUUCUAUUAACAAUAUUCAACUGAAUACUUCAUAAUUUGUCCUAUAAUAUUGUGAAUAACAAUUUUGUUAUAAAAUAGUAGGAGUCAGAGUUAUAGGUAAGUAUACAUAUUAUUAAAAAUUACUGUAUUUUUUUGCUCAAAACAUUGUGGGAUGGGUAUGUUAAAAACUUACAACAUGCUCAAAUCAGGAGCAAUAAUAUUUUGUCGUUAUAGGGCAUCAAAUACCAGUGCAGUGAUAAACAAAAUUUUAGUAGAUAAUAAUUAAUGGCUAGUAAUUACUAAUUACACAUAAAAAAACUAAUUAAUCUCCCAAGAACUACAAUACCUAACUAAAUUAUUAUUCUCAUGACUUUUAACCUAUUUAUUUAAUCUAAUAAAAUCUAGAUUAAUAA